GGUCAAACUGUAAGAAUGACACAGCAGUGAUUACCACCAGAGGCUCCUGCUCACACCACGGCCCACUGGAGUUCUUGACGUGAGCGUCCAGUGCACACCUGUUUGCACACGCCCUCCACAGAGACGGCCCUUCUGGAUAUUCUUGCUGGGCUUGAAGGGGAGGAACCUUGAGGACGGCAUGGCAACACACACCUUAUAAAGACGGAGGCACACCCAGCCUGCGGCCUCACUUCAGCUCUCCUCCUCUUCCUCACAGCAGCAGCUAAUCAUGCUCAGUCUCAUCAAGUUUCCACGAGUCUUCACCAUCAAUCAGGUGCCCAAAGGUUUCCAUGAGGACAGCAUCAUUUCUGGGUACCGACACCCCCGGAGCUCAGCGACUGACUGCAUCCUCAGCCUCUUCCAGAAGACCAAUGAGACGCUCAACGUCUGGACCCACUUCCUGCCCACCUGGUACUUCCUGUGGAAACUGGUGUCAGUGGUGGUGCUGCAGGCAGCAUGGCAGGACUCCUUCACCUGGCCUCUGGUGGUCUUCCUCAUCUCCUGCUGCAUUUACCCUCUGGCCUCGAGCUGCGCUCACACCUUCAGCACCAUGUCGAUGCGGGCACGACACAUCUGCUUCUUUUUUGACUAUGGAGCGCUCAGUUUCUACAGCCUGGGCUCAGCAAUUGUCUAUUCAGCCUACAUUUUUCCUGACAAGUGGGUGAACAGCGUGUUUCACCGCUGGUACAUCCCCAUCGCCAUGGCCAACACCAUCAUCUCCACCGUGCUGUCCUGCUACUCCAGACUUGGCUUCCCAUUUCUACAAUAUAGCCAUGAUAUCAUACAAAGAUUCCAUGAGCAUCACAAUCCAAAGUUCAGCAAAUUCCUCCGUGCUGUUGCCUUCAUCUACCCAUACAUGUUCGACAACAUUCCUCUGUUCUACAGGGUUUUCCUAUGUGAAGGGGAGGGCUGCACAGACAAUGAAACCACUGUUCUACACUACAAGCACAUCACCUUGGCUUUCCUCACAGGUUUUCUGUUUGUUGCACAUUUACCUGAACGUCUGGCACCUGGUAGCUUCGACUUCAUAGGUCACAGCCAUCAGCUCUUCCAUGUGUGCGCCAUCUUCAGCACCCUGCUCCAGAUACAGUCCAUAGAGCAGGACAUGGUGACGAGGCGAGCCUGGCUCUCCGCUAACUCCAUUCCCAUCACAUUUGGCAGCUCGGUGGGCUCAGGGCUGCUUUGUGUGCUCAUGAAUUUGGUUCUCAUCCUCCUCUUCAGUUUACCUCUCCUUUCUGCCUCGGGGUGUCAAGAGGGCAAACAUGGCAACGAACCAAAGGUCUCGAACAAAUUUUGUCAUUGUUACUAACUCUCAAUCCACUGUUACGAACUCUCAAUCGCACCAGUUACAAAGAGCAAUGCAAUGUGGGUAAAAAAUGCUGUCUUUAAACGUAUCAACACCGCAGGCUGCUGUGAAAGUAUUGGUGAGCUGAAAUUGAGAGCACAAGUUUCUAGAAUGAUCGAAAUGCGACUUAAAUUUUAUCAGCAUUUUUUAACACUGUUUAUAAGGAAACCUUCUUGCUUAAAGCAACAAAUGGAGCACACUUUCUACAUGAAAUGACGGUGCUUUCUAUGUGAAGAUUUCUCACUAUUUUCUGAUUGCCACAUAAUUGGUGAAUGAGGAGAGGCCAGGGGAACAAAAACUUGUGAAGAUGUAAAAUCACUUUUUAAAACUUGAAUUUUUUACCUCUGUAUCUUAAUAAUAAUUGUACUCAGCCUCUUGGUUUGCACUAUAUUCUUCUGGCAAGAGAUGAUGACAAAUUGUUUGAGUUACAAGCAAAGUAGCUGCUUCCUAAACUGAGUGUUUGGUUACUGAUAGUGUGGAAACUUUUUUUAAUCCGGGCUAUUGUUUUCCAUUUGCCUUUGGUCAAAGGAGUUGUCUGUCCCAUUUAUUGUUACAUUUGUCCUUUUAAAGCUAAAUGUUUAAAGAAAAAGUAUUCAAG